CUCUCGCGAGAGCUGCGUGUGUGUUCGUACUGAAGCGUCUUCGCGGUUGUCCUGAGGGACACGGUGCGGUAGCCAGGGGCAGGCUCCCGGAGCGCUUCAGAUGUCUUCUCAGAAAGGGAUGCCCUCCUCGGCCCUGCGGGUUCUGGAAGAAGUGUUGGGCAUGGGCUCGACGGCUGCCGGGGACACCGCGGAGGCGGUGGCCGCCGAGGGCGCCUACUACCUGGAGCAGGUCACCAUAACUGAAGCAUCUGAAGAUGAUUAUGAAUAUGAAGAGAUACCAGAUGACAAUUAUAGCAUUCCAGAGGGUGAAGAAGACCUGGCAAAAGCAGUUCAGAUAGUCCAAGAACAGGCUACAGAUACUCAAAUUUUGGAGCAGAAAACAGUCCUUUCUUCAAAGCAUGCAGUACCUGAAGCAAUAGAAGGCUUUCUCUGCAAUUUCCUGAUCAAAAUGGGAAUGACUAGAACUCUUGAUUGCUUUCAGUCUGAAUGGUAUGAGUUAAUACAGAAGGGAGUAACUGAACAUAGAGGUGGCGGGCAUGUUCCAGAUGUCUACACUCAGAAUAUGCUUUUAGAAAAUGAGAACAAAAUUUUGAAGAAAGAAUUGAAGCACUAUAAACAAGCAGCUGACAAGGCUAGAGAAGAUCUGCUGAAAACUCAGAAAGAACGUGAUUUUCAUCGAAUGCACCACAAGAGAACAGUCCAGGAGAAAGACAAAUUAAUUAAUGACCUCAAAGGGUUGAAGUUACAUUACGCAUCUUAUGAACCAACUAUAAGAGUAUUAUAUGAGAAGCACCACGCUUUACUGAAGCAGAAAAUGCUGACCUCUUUGGAAAGAGACAGAGCAGUGGGACAGAUUUCUGGACUUCAAGAAACACUGAAGCGUAUGGAAAUAGGACAUAGUUUCCAUGCUCCUGAAAUUAGAGUUGUUCCGAAUUGUGAAAAGGAAAAUGCACCAGAAGGUCCUACUCAGAAAGGUCUUCGUGAAGCCAGAGAACAAAGCAAACGUAAAACAAAGAUGAAAGUUAAUACAAAGGAUUCAGUGUUUCCCUCUGAUAUGCAACCAAAUCCAAACCUGUGUUUAUGCAAAGAAAAUAUUUGUCCAGCAAAAUUUGACUACAAGCUGAAUGACAUAUUUAGACUUCACGAACUUCCAGUGAGCUGCAUCAUCAUGCACCCCCGCAAAGACAUCCUCAUCUCCUGUGGGGAGGACCGCGUCUGGAAGGUGGUGGGGCUCCCCAAAGGCAAUGUGCUUCUCACAGGAUUGGGCCACACCGACUGGCUUUCGGAUUGCUGCUUCCAUCCCAGUGGCAACAAGUUGGCUACUUCAAGUGGUGACACUACAGUUAAAUUAUGGGACCUGUCUAAAGGCAAUUGCAUUUUGACCUUCGAAGGACACACCCAUGCAGUAUGGUCCUGCACGUGGCACUCCUGUGGUGAUUUUGUGGCUUCCUCCUCAUUGGAUACAACUAGCAAAAUCUGGGAUGUUAAUAGUGAAAGAUGCAGAUGCACUUUGUAUGGACAUACAGACUCUGUGAACAGCAUCGAGUUUUUUCCUUGCUCCAACAUUCUUCUCACAGGUUCUGCAGAUAAGUCCCUGUCUGCAUGGGAUGCAAGAACGGGUAAAUGUGAGCAGUCCCUCUAUGGUCACAUGCAUUCCAUCAAUGAUGCCACCUUCACUCCUAGGGGUCACAUGAUCGCAUCCUGUGAUGCCUGUGGAGUUACAAAGCUAUGGGAUUUUCGGAAGCUCUUACCAAUUGUGUCCAUUGAUGUAGGUCCAAGUCCUGGCAAUGAGGUGAACUUUGAUUCAUCAGGUCAAGUUUUAGCUCAAGCAAGUGGCAAUGGGGUUAUCCAUUUACUGGAUCUUAAAUCAGGGCAGAUCCACAAAUUGAUGGGCCACGAGAGUGAGGCUCACACGGUCGUAUUUUCUCAUGAUGGAGAGACUCUGUUUUCUGGAGACUCCGACGGCACCAUUCGAACGUGGUCUUGAUGGUCAGCAUAUCCCACUGUGGAGGGCAUUCCCUUUAAGGCUUGAAAAUGCCUUGUAUAGUCCCAAACCAGUAAAUAUCUGGUUAAAUAUGCCAGCAGGUGACAUUUACAAUUUGCUUUAAAACAUGCUUUGGACAUAUAUUUUAGUG